UGAGGAUGACCUGACGAAAAAUCUUAUUAAUUUAGCCGUCUCCAAAUACGCCUUUUCCAAACCUGAAAUCCUGCUCAAGGCAUUAAAGUCGACCAGUCUUAACACUUUCAAUUGUGUAUGUUUUUACACAGUUGGAACACCCUAGAAAGCUCUUUCAUAUUUUCUAGAUAUUUUAAGUGGGUGAUCUAUUUGCACAGUACUCAGCCAUGCAAAUAAUUGAGUACUUUUGUUAAUUAUUAAAGGACAUGUUAAGGGUAGAGUACCAACCGUAGAAUAGACUAUUAAUUUGUCCGAUAGGAAACAACGGACAUUUUUUGCCGGUUUUUGUGAAUCAAACUGAAAACAAGUUUUCAAACUUAGGUUGUUAUUCACAUUAAAUAUUAUUAUACACACAAACAUACAUUUUUCAUAUAUUUAUUGAGGCGUAACAAUUUCUGCUACUAUUUACCUAUCUUAUUUAUGUUUGAUGUAAAAAUGGCAUUGGCCAGCCUAGUCUAUUCGAUGCAAAAGUAUUUUGCUUUGUUGAUCAAGUAUUUCCGAUUGAGGGUGGAAGUAUUUCACUGAUUUUUUGUGGCUUAUCACAAACACAUCUAUAUUGAAAACAUUUCGCUGAUUCACAAAUCCUUUGUUUUCAAAUAAAGCUUCUCUAGUGCAAUUUUCUUUCUCUCUUACUUUUUGAGUACACCUCCCUCGCGACGCCACAGGUUGGUUGGUUUAGACCAUGGUUUUGACAACUCUCUAACUCUCAUCUUUUUCAUCGACGCACGCAACAUUUCAUAGUUUUGGAAACCAAAAAGAGGCUAAUCAAAUGUGACGGAAUUUCCAAAAUAAGAAAGUGGUGCGACAUGGUCUGACUUGUAAAUAAAUACUCAUUUAUAGAGUGCAGUGAUGAAAGAAAUUAAACCAGUAAUAGUGUUCUUGCAAGAAUGAUGUUCAGAUUUUUUAUAAGUUGUCUAAAACUGUAAACUUUAUCAAGUCCUAUAUAUAGUUGCCGCAAGGAGGAGGGAUGACAACAGUAGAUGCAGUUUUGUUUUUAUAAAUCGUCCAAACUUCGAAAAAAGUUGAAAGAUGGAAGUUGCUGCAGAGCCAGAAAACAAAGAAGUGCUAAAGAGCUUGAAAUCUAGUUAUACGCAAGCUUUCAAGUUUAUAAAUGAAGGCCUGUCCAUGGAAGAAAAUGGAAAGAAAGCUGAGGCAUUGCUAUGUUAUGAAAAAGGACUGCGGUUGAUAAAUUCAGGACUAAAGUUAGAUACAACGAUGUCAAGAUCAGCAGAUUGUGAAAAGGCAAAAGAAAUGCAAAGCAAACUAAAAGCGGCAAAAGAUGAUGUUGAAUACAGGCUUCAAGUGAUUAGCCAGCCUGUUGUAAAGCCAUCUGCACCUCCACUGCCAGAGGCUCAUAAACAAGAUGAGCGAAAUGGUAUUGACAAAAAUAGAAUGAAAAAUUGUGAAUGGGAAGAUGCACGAACUUUAGUUUCAAUUGAUGAAGGUGUCAGGUUGUUUCAUGUUGAUUCAAGAAAAAGUGUAAGUACAUGGUCUACUCCCUGCAAUUUGAAGAUAUUUCAGCUGCUUGGUGAGAAUAAAGAUCCAACAGAACCACCAGCCUUCCUUCAGUGUGGUGACUGGGUUUAUCCAUUGCACCCUGGUAUUUCCCCAGCAUUAAAAACUUUUAGCAGAACAUAUAUGUUCCCAGAUAUCAGUUUACAGCCACAGGAUGGAGAACCAGCUUCAGUAGGCAUUGUAUUUGCUGGUUGUGUUGCUGAAAUAGUAAUUGAGCGAUUUGAAAGGAUUUUGUCAUGUUAUUGUGAUUUUAGAAAGCUAACAGCAAGUGACAUUGCCAGGGCAAAGCCACCAAGACCACCCCCAACAUAUCAAAAUCAUAAGGAAAAAACAAUUUGUGAUAAUGACAAUACAACAGGCAGAGAGCUUGUUCCUGUCCAGCCUAGGGAAAUCACUGAGAUAGCUAUUAGUGAUGAAGAAGAACGCAGUUGGAGUGAUAAAGUCUCUAGUGGUAUUUUAAUUGGCGCAAAGUGGGUCUCAUGGGGACUGGCAAAAGGUGCUCAAGUUACAAGUCAUUUGGUCGAGCAAGGAGCCACAAAAUUGAGAGAAAGACUCCAACCAAAUGAAGAACCAUCAAAGGUUGACCCUGAAACUGUCAAAAAUGUUCAGCAAAUCAAAGAGGUUACUGGUGCUGCCGUUAAAGUCAGUGGAUUUAUAGUUUCAACAUUGUGCACAUUGACUGUUGAACUUGGCAGACACUUAUCUCCUGUUAUAAGGACACAAGGAGCCAAGCUCAUUCCAGCCAAAUACAAGAAUGGCGAUGAUGGUAAGAAGACAAUGGACGAACUAGUGCAAGUGGCUGCUGCAGGAGUGAAAGGUUUCAGUGCAGUUUUUACUUCAUUGGAAGAAUCAGGGAAAGUCUUGUACAGAAGUAUAACAAAGGCCACUGUGGAAACUGUCCAUCACAAGUAUGGCGAGGAUGCAAGUGAUGUCACUGGAGAUGCAAUGGCAGCGGCAGGAAAUACCGCACAGGCCUACUGGAAUGUGAAGAAACUUGGUACAAAAGCAAUUGCGAAAAGGGCGGCGAAGGAUACAAGCAAAGCGGUUCUAAUGGAUGCUGACGAAAGUACAAGGUCGGGGCAAAUGAAAGCAAUAACUAAUGGAUAGAUUAUUUAAUUAAUAAUUCACUUUCGAACCCUUUGUUUGAAUGUACAUAUAAAUUUAUUCAUGGUUGACGAGCGUCUAGAUACGAGCAGAUUUACGUCGCUUAUUGUCAAUGCUGGAGUUACUGGCAGCAAGGACCUUGGCGCGUAUUACAAAUUGAGGGGGGCCAAUUUUUUUGGGUGAGGGGGGCGGCUAAAUGAGCUAAAAACCAAGAGCAAGGCCCCCCGCUGCUGUGGUCCCUGACUGGCAAGGCAAUUGAUUAUAAGUUGCCGAAAGUAAGUAAAAGUGGAAGCAGAAUCAUUUGUAGCACCGAUAAUUUAAACCCCUCUUCCAGUGCCAGUAACUCUAAGAAUAUUAGGUCUAGCCGACCUUUAAUAAAACGAGAAAGAUUUUCCUUAAGCUUACUUUAAUUUUAACUUAAAACUUUUAACUUACUUUGUUUUCACCAAAUUCUUUGGAACUUUUUGUGAUUCCAAGGACUUUUCAAUGAUCAAUCAAGUGUCGUGUGGCUUGGCAAAA